CGCCGGCUCCCGCCGCCCGGGCCCGGCCGGCCGCGCCGGGGGCCGCCGCGCCGCCGCCGCCAUGGACACCAAGCAUUUCCUGCCCCUCGACUUCUCCACGCAGGUCAGCUCCUCGUCCCUCGGCUCCCCCACGGCGCGGGGCUCCAUGGCCGCCCCCGCCCUGCACCCCUCCCUGGGGCCCGCCAUCGGACCCUCGCUCGGCUCCCCGGGACAGCUGCACUCGCCCAUCAAUGGCAUGGGCCCGCCCUUCUCGGUCAUCAGCUCCCCCAUGGGCCCCCACUCCAUGUCGGUGCCCACCACACCCACCCUGGGCUUCGGCACUGGCAGCCCUCAGCUCAGCUCGCCCAUGAACCCGGUCAGCAGCAGCAGCAGUGAGGACAUCAAGCCGCCGCUGGGCCUCAACGGCGUGCUGAAGGUGCCGGCGCACCCGUCGGGGAGCAUGGCCGCCUUCACCAAGCACAUCUGCGCCAUCUGCGGGGACCGCUCCUCGGGCAAGCACUACGGCGUGUACAGCUGCGAGGGCUGCAAAGGCUUCUUCAAGCGGACCGUGCGCAAGGACCUCACGUACACGUGCCGCGACAACAAGGACUGUCUGAUCGACAAGCGCCAGCGCAACCGCUGCCAGUACUGCCGCUACCAGAAGUGCCUGGCCAUGGGCAUGAAGCGGGAAGCCGUGCAGGAGGAGCGGCAGCGUGGCAAGGACCGGAGCGAGAGCGAGGCGGAGUGUAGCAGCAGCGCCAACGAGGACAUGCCCGUGGAGAAGAUCCUGGAGGCUGAGCUGGCCGUGGAGCCCAAGACCGAGACGUACGUGGAGGCAAACAUGGGGCUGAACCCCAGCUCGCCCAACGACCCCGUCACCAACAUCUGCCAAGCCGCAGAUAAGCAGCUCUUCACCCUGGUGGAGUGGGCAAAGCGCGUCCCCCACUUCUCAGAGCUCCCCCUGGACGACCAGGUCAUCCUGCUAAGGGCAGGCUGGAACGAGCUCCUCAUCGCCUCCUUCUCCCACCGCUCCAUCGCCGUGAAGGACGGCAUCCUCCUGGCCACUGGGCUGCAUGUGCACCGGAACAGCGCCCACAGCGCGGGGGUGGGCGCCAUCUUUGACAGGGUGCUCACAGAGCUGGUGUCCAAGAUGCGGGACAUGCAGAUGGACAAGACCGAGCUGGGCUGCCUGCGCGCCAUCGUCCUCUUCAACCCAGACUCCAAGGGGCUGUCGAACCCCGCCGAGGUGGAGGCGCUGCGGGAGAAGGUGUACGCGUCGCUGGAGGCUUACUGCAAGCAGAAGUAUCCCGAGCAGCCUGGCAGGUUCGCCAAGCUGCUGCUGCGGCUGCCGGCCCUGCGCUCCAUCGGCCUCAAGUGUCUGGAGCACCUGUUCUUCUUCAAGCUCAUUGGGGACACACCCAUCGACACCUUCCUCAUGGAGAUGCUGGAGGCCCCCCACCAGAUGACCUAGGCCCACCCGCACCUGCCUGGCCUGCGCGGACUUGGUGCAGCCUGGCACGGCGGGGCCCCAGAGAUGUGUACCCCACACUGCCUAAUCCUACUUGUCUUUGGAUGGGGCAGUAGUCUCCGUGGCCUCAGACACCAGAAAGAACUGGGGUGAGACCCCCGCCCGGCCCCCUGACUUCCAGGGGGAUCGGAGCUGUGGCAGGCAGGGAGCCGAGCUCCGGGAGGCGUGGUCCUGUUGCUCAGACAGACCCAUCUUGGGGGUCUCUAGCUCAACCCACCCAGGCUUAGGGGAGGGGCCUGGCAGGGACCAGUGUCCCUGCAGAAGGCCCCCAGAAUGCAAGAGGCACCUCAGGGCAGGCAGGCUCCCCUCUGCAUGGGGAGGGAGCACCCCUUUUUUCCAAAGAUGACUUGUUGCCUCGCCUCCUGCCAGUGGGAGCGGCAGUGGACCUCUGCGGGUGGGGCACCCCGAGGCGCGGGGGCACUGCCAUGUGCUCUGCCACAUCCUGGGCUCAGCUCCAGCUCAGCUCUUCACCCAGACCCGCGCCAGCCAUCCCACCUGCCUUCCUGGAGUGGAGGCUGCUGGCCACACCCCCAAGGGGCUUCGAGCAACAGGAACGGGGCACGGCCGGCAGCUCCAGAAGGUUCUUCUGAUCUGAAGGACCUUGUCUAGAAUCCCCGCCAGGGCUGGACGCCCCUUCCACAAGCCCUUUUCCCCAACACCGCCGGCCCCGGGCCCGGCAGCCUGCGCAAGCCCUCGGGCUGCUCGUGGGUGUGGCUGGGCUGCAGGGCUCAGGUCCGAUGCCCGUGGCUCUGGCGGCUGUCUUGCCCUCUGCUGUGGUGCGGAGGCUGCGUGGAGGGUCCACUCUGCUCUCAGAGGCCGGUUCUGGCCCCCCGCCCCACCCUGGAGCCCAGGCCGCCCCCACCUGUCUCCAGCUGGGGCAGGGAGGACCCACAUCCCGCUCCAGGCUUCAAAGGUUCCCAGCCCCUUCCCUGGCCAGCAGGGCCCAGAGAAGCUUCUGGCAGGGGCAUGGCUGGAACUGAGGCUGCUCCCAGCCGCACCCACCAUCUCUGGUACCUUCCACACCCUCAGUCCCUGUCCACUGGCCUCUCCUGGGACCCAGGGGAGAAGAGCCCACUUGGGGGGGUUAGCCAUUCUCGGCCCGGAGACCACCACAGCUGAAGCCAGGACCCCGCCACUGCCCCCCGGGGUGAAGCCCAGCUCGCCAGCGCCGGGAUGUCUCGUCAUUGUCGCUGUUCCUGUUUGGUGGGACAAUCUUUCAUUGCCUAAAGAUAGUGCUGAUGUCAGCCCGCUAGCCACCGCGUGGCGCCGCCCACCCUGGCCCGUCCAGCUCCCCAGAGGACUCGGGCUGAUGGCGGGUAGUCAGCCGAUGUCCCCAUCGAGAGCUGGGGUGCGACCUGCUGCCACCCCCGCGGCGACAGCCACACCCACUCACCGACGUUUCAUGUUUAUUUUCAAUCAAGACUUCUCCCGUUUCCUAUGAAUUUGCUUCGUGUAAGCAAGGACCUAAGGACCCUUCUUUGGUGAGCCCCGGUCCCAGUGACCAUCUCGAGACCUGGAGACGCAUCUAUUUUCAGAUGCUGGGAGCAGCCGGGGGGCUGGGUGGGGCCAAGCGCGCACCAGGGGGUACACGCGGGAGCCGGGAGCUAAAGCAUCGGGAAAGGUAGAAAAUCUAUUUUUGUACAAAUGUAAUUUUAUCCUCCUGUAUACGUGGAUGUGGCGGGAGGGUGGGGCUUCUCCGGUUUCUGCUUCCUGGCAGCGGAGCUCGGGCCGGCUCCCCCCUCAGCCCGUGUCCAGCUUCACGCACGGCCCAGGGACGUCGGUGUUAGCGGCGCGGGAACGUGGAGAAACAAACCCGAGCGUUUCACA